AGUCCUCGACGGGCGGUGGAUAUGCAACCUAAACGCGAACGAAUUAUUCUGUAUCUUAGUCACGUCUAUAGAGGAGGCUGUUUUUUCUUUAGUAACAUAAAUGACGAGCUUAAAUCUGUUAGAAAUCUCUUUCAUAAUCCUUGUUGUGCACUUGGGUUUUCUGCAAGGCAACUCAGAUAAAGAGAGCAGUUUUAGACAAGAAGUGCGAAGCUACCAGUUCGUCUCACCGCGGUUAAGCCUUAAUCAACAAGGCCGAUGGAGAAGAACAAGAGAUACUUCAACGAAAUCAAGUUCGGGUGGUCAUUUGGGAAGAGUAACGUUUUCCCUUAGAGGAUUUGGCAAGGAAUUUGUCUUAGAUGUUGUACAAAACCGCGUUUUGUUCUCCGCCAAUUAUGUGUCAAGAUAUUUUAAAACGGAUGGUGGAGAAAUCAUUUCCAAAAAUGAGAGAAAUGAAAAUUGUUUUUAUCAAGGAAAUAUUCAAGGCUUGAAGCACUCAAUUGUUGCUAUUAGCACUUGUCAAGGAAUCGAGGGAAUGAUAUAUGAUGGGAAUGAGACAUAUUACAUUCAACCAUUCCCUGGAAAUGCAGACAGACAUGUUAUGUACCGUGCUUCAGACCUGAGAACUGGUAAAAAACAUUGUGGUGUGACGCAUUCUGAUUUUACACAUGCUAUGGAGGAUUUUGUUUCUCUAGGAAAACAUCGGUCUCGCAGAAGUGUGAUGAGUGAAACCAAAUUUGUGGAGCUAAUUAUAGUCAAUGAUGGUAGUCAGUACAAGUACUUUAAGAGAAACAGGACAGCAGUUGAAUAUCGUUCAAAGAUGAUAGCUAACAUUGUAGACUCUUUGUACCGACCUCUCAAGAUACGUGUAGCUCUGACUGCAGUGGAAACUUGGACCCAACGCGAUAAAAUAAUGGUUGAUGAAGAUUCAGACAAGAGUUUACAAAACUUUAUGAAAUACAGAAAUUCAGAUUUGGUCAAAAAAUACCCACAUGACAAUGCACAGCUGCUGACGAGGAUAAAUUUUCAAGGUUCAACUGUUGGAAAGGCUUCAGUUUUGGCCAUGUGUGGUGAAAGAUCUGGUGGUGUAGUACAGGAUCAUUCUGACAGCGCUGCAGCUACAGCAGCAACCUUAGCUCAUGAAAUGGGUCACAACUUUGGAUUUAUUCAUGAUCAGGACGUUCCAGGUUGUAAAUGUGAAUCACCAGCUAAUCAAGGAUGCAUCAUGUCUUCUGUAGCAAAGAACACACCCUCAACAGACUGGUCAUCAUGCAGCAAAGAUUCAUUUGACACAUACCUGAAGCGGGGCCUGGAUGCCUGUUUGUUUAACACUCCAUCAAACUUGUUUGGAGAUGCAUUGUGUGGCAAUGGCUUCAAAGAGGAGGGUGAAGAAUGUGACUGUGGCACCAUAGAGGAGUGUGAAAAGUAUGGUGAUCAUUGUUGUAAUGCCACAACCUGCAAGCUUCAUCCUGCCUCUGAAUGUGAUUCUGGCCCAUGUUGUGACAAAUGUAAACAUAAACCUCAAGGUUUUCUCUGUCGCGACAAGAUCAAUGAAUGUGAUUUACCAGAAGUUUGUACUGGAAAAUCAGGAUUGUGUCCCAGCAAUAAAUACGUGCAGGAUGGUGCAACUUGUGCCAAUGGCGAGGGAUACUGCUUCAAAGGCAAAUGCCCCUUACACGACACACAGUGCAAAGACUUUUGGGGAAAAGAUGCACUUUCCGGCCCAGACGGUUGUUAUAACUGGAAUAAGCAAGGAAAUUACAGAGGGCAUUGUGGCUUUCAGGGUAGCAACGUGUAUAAGAAGUGUGAUGAAAAGGACAAGCUCUGUGGCAUGCUUCAAUGCACAAACGUAGAAGAUAAGACUCACCCAAUAAUCGGACACCCCAAAGGCUCUUAUGGACACACCUCUGGCGAAACACUGUGCAAAAGUGCCUCCGUUAGUCUUGGCUCAGACAUUCCCGAUCCUGGUGAAACUUUGGAAGGGACAAAAUGUGGAAAGAAUAUGCUUUGCAUUCAGCGGAAAUGUAUCAGCAUAGACGUGUUUAAUGCCAAUAACAAACCAUGUCCAAACAACUGCUCAGGUGAAAACGGGAUUUGUAACAACGAUGCAGAGUGUUUCUGUCAUAUUUGUUGGACAGGAGCAGAUUGUAGUGUUCCACAGAAGUGUGGAACAGAAGGUAAUGGUACAGAGUACACAAUAAGCACCCCAACUAAUUUCACAGGUGUGCCAGGGACUGCAGAACCUCAGGCAAAGCGAAGCAAGUUGGCUGGGAUUUUGAUUUUGGUGUUUUUUAUAAUUUUCCUGAUCGUUGGUGCUGUUUUUGCUUUUAUUUACCGGAAGCAAUUGAAAGAGAAAUGGCAAACAUUCAAGCAAAAGGCCCCUGUCAAUAAAAGUUAUCAAGGUCUGUCCCGGGCUUCUCCUAAACAAACCAGGGCUCGUAAUGGAGCAGAAGCUACAGCAACGACAAAUUCUGAGCCCUUAAAGCCGAGACCCGAUAUAUCGGGGCCUACGCUCACAAGUACCACCCGUAAGGAGCCUGUAAAUGUAACAACUAAUCCGUUAGGGACAAGUAAAUUCACAGCUGCAUCCACUAAACAAGAACAACCGGCCUCUCAGCCACCAGUGGUCUUUAAGCCUACCCCACCGAAACCGGAUAAACCUGAACCACCUGUUGUAGAAAAGGAGAAGCGUCCUCCCAACCUUCCACCUGUCAAACUUCGAAAUCGUGAUUGGCCACCCAAAGGUGACAAGACAGCAUCAUUAAAUCGCGCCUCCAGUCCUCCGUCAGUAACAGAACCAACUAGACCGGUAAAACCUGUUAAACCUCCGAGACCAGAAAGUCACGCGGGUGUUUUAGAUAAACCAUCUGUCCCUCCCCACCCUGGCGUAAAGGCUUCGAAAGAAUGGCCCCCUCGCGAUAAGAAAAACGAUACACAUUCAAACCCAGCUCAGGGAUCUAGAGCCCUUACGAGUCAACCGAUAGUUCCACUAAGGCCGGUUCCGAAAGCUGUAAAAGGACCUUCAGAAGAAAGACCAUCUUCCAUUCCACUGAAACCGUCUGAUAUUAAAAAGGGCCUCGGAACCGGAAACGAUAGGCCUCUUUCAGCUUCAAAUGUUGCAAGCCCUAAAAAGGUUCCUCUUAAGCCCCCUGGACCCAUUCCAAAGCGUCCUGGAUCAAAACCGACGUGAACGACGGGAUAUCGCCAUUAUAUGGUGUACAUAGAGUUAGAAUGUCCUGAAGUAAGAAAUGCCCAUAACAUAGACAGCUAUUGAAUUCGUAUAAUAAUUCGCCAAUAAGAUAUGAUGAACGAGAAAGUUUUAAAUUAAUCACCCAUCGUAAAUCGAGCUGCUUUCAUUAUAAAGUAAAUUAAUGAUACAACAUGCUAAUUUAAGUAAGGUAAACUAACAUACAUUUAAACAAUUUAACUAAGUCGAUGUUUCAAAUGAUGUUACAAGGUGCGAUAAUCCUUUUAUCACCAGGCAAUAUGUCACUUUCUUUAAUGAAAAGACUGGGUGGUUAAACUUUUCCAUCCAAGACAAGGAAUUUGUUUUUAUAAUUAGUGUUUUUAUUAAGCAUUAUUAUACAUAAAUGAACGUUAAAUCGUUGGUAUGUAAGAAUCAGGCCAAUCAAUCGCUUAUUGAUUAGCCAGACUCUCACAUUGUGUGACAAACGAUUAAACGUUAAUUUAUUCAUAAUACCACGUUGAACAACAGCAUUUUCUAUAACACUAUUACACGUGUUCUUUUGCCACAUUUUUUUCGCUGGGUUGGUGGGUACUUAAACACCUAAACAAGAAGGAUGAAAAAAAAAAUGCAAGUAUUAAGGAAUUUUCUUUAAUUGGUAAUUCAGUUGUGUAUAUGUUGGUGUGAAUGUUCUUGUUACCUCUGACACAACUUGUUAAACCUUCUUAAUAUGGUCAUCUCUUCGCACAUGGCUCAAAAUUCAGCCCUUUAUCUUAACCAGAAAAGAUGAAAAGUUAGUUUCGAACAUGAACAACGUAGUUAAAUCCAUUAAGUUAUAGAAUUGUCAUGUUUUGUUGUGCUGUUCAAGACUUAACUUUUUAGGACGAAACUUAAUUUGAAAUGCCAAAUUUUCUAGCUCGAUCAUCCUUAGUUUGGGAGACUUCUAGUGGAAACUCAGAUUAGGAUAUGAUUCUUUUUUUGAUGCCUUUUCGGAAAGCGCCAUUUUGUGGUGUUUGUCUGCAUAUGGUCAGAUAGUACAUUUUACACUGUCAAAUAACAUUCUUAGUAGCCACCGGAUGAAGUAAUUGUCCUAAAUCCUAGAAACCCACAAAUCUUUGGACGAAAUGGGGCGGCCAGACCAAUCUGUUAUAAAAUUAUUUGGCUUAUUUUGUAGUCAGAGAGUGGAUAGAAUUCAGAAAUUGACAAAUUGGGCUCGACAAUCCUGACAGUCGCAGUCUCAAUUCCGAUUGGUUACGAGCCCGCAGCUGAAGCACUGUUUUCGUGACCUUAUUCCUACAGACAGAUUUUCUGCUGUACUAUUAGGAUCAUAGUGGAAGACAACAGUUUCGAAGCAGCUAAUGUAUCAAUAUUGUUGGAUUCGCUUUACAGCGAGAAUUGUCAAAAGUAGGUUUGUGUAUAUCACUGGCUUGGCUGAAGCUGAAAGCCGGGGCGGUUGACGACAACUAAAGGCUUGAUUAUUCAUGGAAUUAUGCUAAAACUUAUUAAGAACAGAAUACUUUCUAUGAAUUCACUGGUCUGGUCAAUCAUUUCCAGCUGAUUGUAAACGCUCACAUUAAUCUCCAAACGUUUUAUUUACGGUUUUCAACAACACUGUUACACGUAUGUUCUCUGCAUUAAAGUGUGAAGUUUAAAAUAUAUUUCUUCACUUAAA